GCCCCCGUCCCCCAUGCCGCUCCUCCCCGAACCCUAGCCCCAGCCAGCCUCGUGCUCCGCCCCGCCCCGCCGCCGACACGCAUGGCCUCCGCCGUCGCCGUCGCCGGCGACGCCGAGUACUCCUUCGCGGCAGAGUACGACGGCCCGCCGCUCCCCUACUCCCUCCCGCGCGCCAUCCCGCUCGACCUCUCCCACAUCCCGCUCGCCGCCCUCUCCUCCUCCUCCUCGCCGCCGCCCACCGGCUCCUCACCGCUCCCCGUCGUGCGGCCCCUCACCCCCUCCUCCCUCUGCUCCGCCAUCCACGCGCAGCAGCACGCGGCGGGGCCUCCUCGCUCCUCCGGGGACCCCGCGGGGGGUGGUGCUGCCCAGGCGGUCGCCGACUCCCCGACCUCCGUCAUCGAGAACCACCACGCCGCCGCGCACCACUCCGCCGAGCUCCCCUCCUCCCCCUCUGACGCCGAUGACGACGACAAGGAGGAGGAGGAGGAGGAGGAGGGGGCCGGGAUGCCGUCGGUUCCCCACCAGCCCACCGUCUCCUUUGCCGAGACCAGCUGCUCCAUCCUCGAUUCAUCCGAGGAGGAGGAGGACGACGACGACGAGGACGAAACCGCCGACGAGGCCCUGCCUGCCGCCGCUCGAUCCAGCGGCUCCCUCUCGCCGGCGCAUUUCGAGGCGGGGAACCACCAAACGGGAGCCAAGUCUCGGGGCUGCUACAGAUGCGGGAAGGGAGGCGGCUUCUGGGGCCGUGGGGACAAGGAGGCGUGCCUCGCCUGCGGCGCACGGUACUGCUCGGCUUGCGUGCUCAGGGCGAUGGGGUCCAUGCCGGAGGGCCGCAAGUGCUUGUCCUGCAUCGGGCGGCCCGUGGCCGAGUCGAGGCGGAAUGCCCUGGGGCGAGGCUCACGCGUGCUGCGGCGACUGAUCAGUGCGGCGGAGGUGGACCUCGUCAUGAGAAGCGAGCGUGAAUGCGCAGCGAACCAGCUGCGCCCGGAGGACAUUUACGUUAAUGGGGCUAAGUUGUCACCGGAGGAGCUAGCUUUGCUGCAGGGAUGCUCGUGCCCUCCUUCCAGGCUCCGACCUGGCUUCUAUUGGUACGACAAGGUAUCCGGCUUCUGGGGCAAGGAGGGACACAAACCCCAUUGCAUAAUAAGCGCAAAUCUAAAUGUUGGAGGUGCUUUAGUUCAAAAGGCAAGCAAUGGGAGCACCGGCAUCUUGGUAAAUGGUCGUGAGAUUACAAAAUCUGAGCUGCAAAUACUUAAGUUGGCAGGAGUUCAGUGUGCUGGGAAACCUCACUUUUGGUUGAAUGCUGAUGGGAGUUACCAAGAGGAAGGCCAAAAAACUGUUAAAGGAAAGAUUUGGGAUAAGCCUAUAGUGAAGCUGCUUAGUCCUGUCCUGUCAUUGCCAACUCCUAAUAAAAUGACUAAUCAAUGUGGCGAAGAGGCUAUUAAUGUGGUAAAUCGACCUGACUACUUGGAGCAAAGGACGACCCAGAAACUUCUGUUAGUUGGAUCAGGGACAAGCACCAUACUCAAACAGGCUAAAUUCUCAUACAAGAGUAAACCAUUUUCUGUGGAUGAGUGUGAAGAUCUCAAACUUAUCAUACAAAGUAACAUAUAUCGCUACAUUGGUAUACUUCUUGAAGGCCGUGAACGGUUUGAAGAGGAAGUUUUAGCUGAUAGAAGAAAACUCUGCCAACACGAUCCUUCUAGCUCUGGGCGUCCUGAGUCGGGGUUCUGUGAUGAAGAAGUUACUGAGUACUCCAUUGUCCCACGCUUGAAAGCAUUCUCGGAUUGGAUUCUAAAGGCCAUGGCUUUGGGUAAUCUUGAAGAUAUUUUCCCUGCAGCUAGUCGUGAAUAUGCGCCACUGGUUGAGGAACUAUGGAAAGAUCCUGCUAUUCAAGCUACAUAUAGACGAAGAAAUGAACUGCCGUUCCUUCCGUUUGCUGCCAGUUACUUCCUUGACAGGGUGGUUGAUAUUUCUCGAACGGAAUAUGAGCUCUGUGAUACUGAUAUCCUCUAUGCUGAUGGAAUAACAUCCUCGGAUGGAUUAGCAUCUACAGAUAUCUCUUUCCCGCAGCUGGCUUUGGAUGUGCGGGUUGCUGAUGAGCUUGAUCCACAUGACACGUUGCUAAGGUACCAGCUGAUCAGAAUAAACAAUAAAGGAUUGCGGGAGAACAGCAAAUGGCUGCAGAUGUUCGAUGAUGUCAGCCUUGUCAUCUUCUGUGUUGCGGUUAGCGAUUAUGACGAGUACUACGAGGAUGCAAAUGGCACCGUUGUGAACAAGAUGAUAGAGAGCAGACAGCUAUUUGAGAGCAUCGCCCUUCAUCCAACGUUUGAGCAGAUGAAUUUUCUCCUACUCCUGACCAAGUUUGAUCUUCUAGAGCAGAAGAUUGGUAAAUCCCCGCUAACAGCAUGCGACUGGUUUGCCGAAUUCACCCCGUUGGUAAGCCGCAAUCUGAUUGAUGGAACCAGCAGAAGCAAGCGCGGCAGCCAGAACGGCGCGUCGCUGGCGCAGAUGGCCGCGCACUACAUCGGCGUGAAAUUCAAGAGGCUGUUCCACUCGCUCACAGAGCGGAAGCUCUAUGUGUCCUACGUGAACGCCCUGGACCAGCAGUCUGUCUGCUCUGCUAUCCGCUACGGCCGGGAGAUCGUCAAGUGGGAGGAGGAGAAGCCUGUUUUUGGCUCCACCGAGACGGUAUACAGCGGCGACGAGCCGAGCUCCUACUGACGGCGACCUUUGAUUGUGUGACAGAAGACGAAGAAGAGGUGUAAAUAGUUGUGCAUUUCCCUCUCCGGCGAUGACCUUUUUUUAGAGCUUUGCCCAUUUUGGUUCUUUUUUCCCAGCUCAUCUUCUGUUUGUAAUUUAUUGUAUGGUUUGUUUGUUUAGUUGUUCACACGUAGAAUGAGAGGCAAGAUGCCUGCCUGGUUCCGAUUGAUUCUUGCAUCUGUAUGUAUCAUUAUCGAUCUCCUUUACAUGGUAGCAUGUCCGAUUUCUUGUACAA